ACAUUAUUGCUUACAUAGUUAAUUUUAAAUGAUUUUGGAGAAUUCGAAUAAUCAAUAGUACUGCAUCUUUUUACAAAAACCAACGCAUUGCUAACACCACUAAGUAUGAUAAUUUUAAAUAUAACAAACAAUUUUCCAUUAAUUUUUACAACGGAGUUGACAUGUUGUUUUGUAUCACUACUACAAACAUUAACAAACAAUUUUUUAUAUAAAAUACAGGAUUUAAAACUAAAACCUUCAGAAUGUUGAUGACCAAUAAUUUUAAGCUUAGCUUUUUCAGAGGUACUAAAAAUAUACAAUUUUUUGCUUCCUAAUAAUCUACAAUUAUCAAUGGAAUAAGAAUUUUUAAAAAAUCGCUUGCAUUCAAGCAAAGAUUCAUGAAAUUGCUUAGCCCCUUCACUUAAAAAUUCCACUUCUCCGAGACUGUAGACCUUUUGGGUGCAAAUAGCUCGAUUAACAAUUUGAGUACUGAUUUCUCUAGUACCACAAAAACUAUUUUUGAGAAUACCAUUGUAAUUUUCAAACUGAAAUAGAGAAUAUCCCCAAAGUGGGCCCCAUUUUCUCACAUUUUCCGCUGCGUGGGUUAAUAAAUGAACAUUAAAAGAACAAUAACUUUGGCCAUAGAGGUUUGGAAUAAGCAUUGAAAAUUCUUUGAUUAAUAUUUCUGCUACCAAUAUUUCAUCCAUUGUUACACUAUCUUGACACAAAAUCGAAAUGGAAUCUACAAGUUUAGCAAAGUGUUUUAAAAAACAAUCUUGAAGAAUUCCUUUUAGCAGCGGCACCGCAAUUAGCAUCCAAUUUUUCCAUUCGUGUGCCUUCCAAUAUUUAAUGCUGCUGAGAUCCCUUAUUGUCCUGCUGCAGUUCUUGGGAAUUUUGCAUCUUCUUAAUUUUUGAUUUAUUUGAUUUUCCUUAUUUCCAAUGUAAAAGAUUUCCUGAUGAUUCUUGGGCAAAAUCCAGGCAAAUGUCAACAUUCGUACGACUCCCAGUAAAACAGUGUGCAUGUAGUCAAAAACGAAACCAUCGACGAUUGAAAAAUGUGGAAUUUUCAAGAGAGGGGAGGCCAAUUUAAUUCCAUAACGAUUUGAAAUAGAUGAUCCAGUUGAUAGCAAGUCUCGAAGUUCCAAAAGCUGAUUCAAAAAAUGUUCCUUGUUUCGAUUCGCAGCAAUUUCAGUUGGCGGAAAAAUCCAUUUAUGACUUCUGUCCCCUGUGGACAAAUUGAGCCCUUUAGCCUGACACCAUGGACAACUAUACUCCCCAUUGAAUUGAUUAAUUCCUUGCAAGGGGGCACGAGCUACGGAAUCGGCUGCAAGCAUUGGGAAAAAUAUUUUACUUUUAAUUUCCACCCCAUUAAAAUUCCAUUGGAUUCCUUCCUUUGAUAAUUGAUUUGAUUGAUUAAUUAGUGGGUCAAGAAAAAGUUUGAAAUUUGGCUUGCUAUCAUUAAACCACAAUCCAGCCAAAAUGGUGUGCUUUCUUCUUAAAUCGUAAUCCAAUUCGUUGAUUGAAAGAAGUAGAGGCCAAAUGCAUGACUUGGAAGAGUUGAAAAUCGAAACGCCGUCCGUGUUGAUGCAACAAGUUAUGUCAAAUUUUGAUAACUUUAACUUUUUAUAUGCUUCUCCAUCCAUUAUUCCGGAUGACUCGUUAUUAUUAAAUUGACGUUUGGCAAAAUUCUUUUUUAAACAUUGUGCAAUAUUUUUUCUCUCCAAUAGUUGCUUCAUGAUUGUUGCAAUGUCAAAUGACACGAAAAAGUUGCCGUCCUUUGUAGCAUUCCUUCCAGACUCUUGACAACUGGCGCAACUUCCGUUUGUCUCCAAAAUAUUUUGACAAUUGGAGCAAAAGGGGAUCUUUUUUGCCUGAUCGUAGCAAGGAUUCAGUUUUUUGCUUAACAAGUAGACAGAUGAAGGAAUUGUUUCCCCUUGUGGGAGGUGAAAAUUGAUUAAGGUCAAGAGGUCUGAUAACGCUGAUUUGCUAAUUUUGUGUCGAAAGGCAUAUCCAAAAAUUAACAAGCAGCUUUCAUUUGCAGUUAGUUGAGAUUGGGAUUUUUCUUCGCUCUGUGAACAAAUAAAUCAUGGGGUCAUAUUAUAUUAAUUAUUAUUUAUAAACAUACUUAUCUUACGUCAUCAUAUUCUUCGUCACUGGAUAAAUCAUCAAUCCCUGGCAUUGAAUUAUCAUUAUAAGCAACAACCUGUAUGAAAUAAGAAGAAUGUAAACUAUUGUAAUGCCAAUAAAAAAUUUAAAAAUACAUUAUCAUCCAGAUUGGUUUCUUCCUCAUGUUGUGGGCUAUUGCCGUUGACCUCCUGUGUAUUUUGAGUUUCAUGUUGAUUAUCCAAAUUACGACGAACGCCCUAAAAAACAAAAAAUGCUGUUGCUUAACAAGUUUCAACUAAAAAUUAUUUUAUUACCUUUUGACUAAUUCUGUAACGCGUUCGGCGAGGGACGAAAAGUGACCUACUUGACCCACCAGUUGGAGUAAAAUAUUUUUUAUAAUUUUUUCGUGUUGACAUUAUUAUUUAAUUAUUAAUUAUUGAAUUAACUUUUUAUAUACGUACACAUCGUAAACUUAUUAUUUUGUUUAAUUCAAUAAUUGAAGACUAAAUACUGCCCUAAGCCCAUGCCAGCGAAGUUUAGUAUUUCACACAUGGUCAAAACUUUUAACUUUUUUCUUAAAAAAUAAACUUAACAUAAAAUAAAAUGUCGUUUUUAUUGGUCGAAUGGUCAGAAGAUGACUUUAAGACAUAUUCUGUUGUGUCAAUUGACCAAUUAGAAGACGGAAUUUUGCGUGCGAAUCCUGGAAAACUUGUUGGAACUGUCGUUGCAAUUAAAUGGAAAAGGAACUCUAUCCAUCGUGGUCUCGUUUUACAAAUUGGGAAACACAAAAAUCUCUCUUUGGAAGCUGACAAGUUAGCCGUAAAAGCAGCUGACGAAGCUUCAAUCAUUAAAGAAAAAGACAAGAGCAAAUUUGAUAACUCUUCAGGAAUUAAAAUGCAAAAAUCUAAAAACCGAGCCAAUGAAAUUACAGAAAUUGCAUCCCAAAUUCCUUCUUCUCAAUCAGUUGACAUGAGUUUAAAUGCGGAAUUUGCUGACCCUCCUUUGGAUAACGAAACAGUAUCAAAAGAGAAGUAUGAUCGUCUCAAAGGACGUCACGAUAGGUUGAAGGAGAAAUAUCGCGAGUUGAAAAAAUUGGUAGAGAAUUCUCACGAAGUUGAAUUAUAUGAAGGGUCUGGAGUUACAUUGCCAGCUGCUGAAUUAGCUUCGAUAAAGAUUAUGUCGAAUAAACCAACAACCCUGGCCAGGAACUUGUUUCGUCGACUUUUCUCUCCGGAAGAACUAGCGAGUCAUUCCCUAAAUGGAAAAAUUUGUAAUGCAAACCAAUUAGCUCCCCCACUUCCAAAAAUUGACACAGCCAAAUCUGAUGCAGUAAUUAAAUUUGUUCUUAAAGAAGAAGGAUUCGACAACUCACCAAAUGCUGACAUUAAUGAGGCCAACAAAUCGUUUUUGAAGAACAAGAAGGCGGUAAAGCGAGAGAUUAAGAAAUCUCUAUCGGAUUUCCUUAGAGAGUUUCGUCAUGGACAUCAUUCUUGCUGCAAUAAUUGCCUUCUUUGUUAUCUGGAUUGGAAUAAUAUUUUAUGCAGAUUCCGACAUUUUGACAUUUUUGUAUUGGAAAUUUGGAAAAGAUCCAGCGUCCAAAUUUCAUGGAAAAGUGGUAUGGAUUACCGGUGCUUCAUCAGGAAUAGGGGAAGGACUUGCUAAAGAACUGGCGAAAUGUACCAAUGUCAAAAUUGUUCUCUCUGCCCGAAGGAAGGAUGAGUUAGAAAGAGUCAAGAAAGAAUGCCUGGACUUGAACAAAUCUAUAAAACCAGACUCGAUUCUUGUCUUACCAUUCGAUAUG